UAUGAGGUCAUAUUACUUUGUGAUUCUACUUCUAUUCCUUGGCAACCACAAAAGUACAUAUGUGUUAUUAAAUUUCUAGUUAUCUUACCUGUCAGUAGUUUAAUACAUGCUUAUGAUAAAUUUAGUGAAAUAUACUUUAUAAAAUCACAAACUGACAGCUUUGAUUUUUCUUCCUUAUACUUUGUUCUGCUUUACCAUGAAACUUUUCUUACCAUUUUUAUUUGACUGUAUUAUUGGACUUUUAGUAAGUUUCGUUAGAUUAUUCUGUACAUUUUAAGUGUCGUAUAACUCCAUUUCCACUUUGCUAAGGAAUAUAGAGGCUAUACUCUUAUCAGAUAGGUUAUGUCUCGGCAUUGUAUUGUCAUCUCUUUUUUACAUCAAUUAUUAUAUUGUAACAUUGUUCAUAUAACUUGAUUGAGCUUUUAAAUUCAUAUUCUUUCUGUUCCAUAUUAAAUCUUUGUUUGCCUGAGAAUGAAUCAUCUUUGUACUUUUGUGUAUGUGUGUGUUGAACACAUAUACACAAUGUAUGUUGGUUUGCUCACCAAUGCAGGUAUUUGCAGAAACCAGAGAUGGAUGUAGAGCUAUCUUACUCAAUUGUUUCUUGACAUUUUUUGAAACAACAUUUCUCACUAAACCUAGAACUUGCCAUUUCAGUUGGACUAACAGGCCAAGGAACCACCUCUUAAGAUUCACCUGUCUCUGUCCCCUUCUGGGUUUUCUGUGCACUGCCACAACCAGUUUUCAUGUGUGUGAUGGAGAUCUUAACCCAGGUCCUCAUGCUUUCAUGGCAGUUUACCCAUAAGCCACCCGUAAGCCAUAUCUUUGUAAUUUCAUCAUUUUCUGUUCUUGUCUCCUUGCUCCUGCCAGAAGCUGUUUAUCCCUUUUCAGUGAUACUUAUUAACUAAGUAUAGCAUGUUCGUUAUCAGCACCAAAGUUUUGUGUGCACAACACUAACUUGUCUGAAAUUAUUUUGGUGAACUAAUUGCCUUACUAAUCUUCCUAUAUCUUGAUAUUUCUAUCACUUUUAUUUUUAUUAUUAACACUGACUACUUCAAUUUUUCUUAAUUAUGUUUGCAUGCUUGAGUUUAAUACAGUUUUCUAAAGGAUACGAGACCAUGAUUUUUCUAUGUAUUCUUUUCAGCACAACAUAAUUAAGAACAGGUGUUCAAAAAGAAGCUUAAGUGAAAAUGGUACAUGUUAGAAGACACGAAACAAGAAAAAAUUCUAAAACCGAAGUACCUGAGCAAAAAUCUCGAGUUGAUUGGCGUCGGACUAAAAGAAGUAUCUCACAGUUAUUUGAUAGUGAUGAAGAGCUUGAUAGUAAUGAGGAACUUGAAAGUGGUGAGGAGCAUGAUAGUGGGGAAAGUAUUGACAGUGAUGAAGAGCUUGAUAUUAGCAAGAAGUCUGGUAUGAAUGAACUACCAGAAAAGGAAACGGAGCUUAAAUUAACCAAAGAUGAAAGUCAAGGAAGCAACAGUAAACAUCUUAACACCAGUAGUAGUUCAGCAGAUGAAGAAAAAAUGAACAAAUCCAAACAUACUGACUUACCAGAUGAUGACACUCACCCAGAUCAAGCAGAGGGUCAUCACAACAGACACACUGGACAAAUCCUUGAGGAGGAUAUGGAAGAUGAAUACAUCAAGCCAGGAAAAAGAAAACGGCUGUCCUCCGUGAUGUAUGACAGCGAUGAGAGCGAUGGCAGUGAUAUCCUAGUUAGAAAAGCAAGUGCUAAACACCCACGCAGGGUGGUGGAGGAUGAAUGUUCUUCAUUGGAAAUGGAACAAGAAACUCCUGAGAAAUCAUCAGCUGCUCGAAAGCGAGAAUACCAGCAGAAGCUACAGGAACUCUCUGAAAGAUCACGCCAGAGACAGAGACGCAAUAGUGGUAGAAGUUUUGAGGACUCUGUAAAGGACUCUUGUUCAAGCACUGAUGAUGAGGAUGAAGAUGAGGAUAAGGAUGAUUAUAGAGAUGAUGAAAAUGGAGAUGAUUACAUGAUUGAUGAUUUUGUAGUGCAAGAUGAGGAAGGCGAUGAAGAGAAUAAAAAUCAACAAGGAGAGAAUCUGACUACAUCACAACUGAAAUUAGUAAAACAGAAUUCUCUUUAUUCUUUUAGUGAUCAUUAUACUCACUUUGAAAUAGUUGUGAAGGCUCUUCUGAUCAAUGCUUUUGAUGGAUCUUUUCUGGAAAGUUUGUAUGAUGGCACCAGGAAGAAAUCCUAUGCACAAGAUAUGUUGACGUCUCUUCAUUAUUUGGAUAAUCGCUUUAUUCAACCUCGUCUAGAGAGUUUAGUCUCUAGAAGUCGGUGGAAAGAGCAAUAUAAGGAGCGGGUUGAAAGCUACUCUAACUUAAGCAUCCUUUCGAAGAGUCCCGAAGACUGUGGCUGCCAGGCUUGCGGGUUGCAUCGCCACUGUAAAUUCUCAGUGCAUCUCUCGGGAAAGUUAUACAACACCAGGACGAUGGAAACAGAUGACUUCAUGUCACAUGACAAGCAGGUGUUUAUUGUUGGCAGAAUAUGUGCUAAUCGCACCAGAAUUUAUCAUAAACUAAAGCAUUUUAAAUUCAAACUGUACCAAGACUGCUGUUCCAUUGCAAAAACAGAAGAAGUUGAAGAUGAACAGGUUAAAGAUUCAGUAAAGAGGGUCUUCAGUCAAUCAAAAACAAGCGGCUGGAUUAGAAAGAAAUAUGAUCAACUGCAGGACUAUCUCAAUUCUGCAGAUUAUUUUCAAGAUGAGAAGUUUGAAUUAUAGCAUGCUUCCUUCAGAGAAGAUUUUAUAAAUUCCUGUAAAUGUGAAGAUCAUGAGUUUUGUUUCUCUGUAUUAUGAAUCAUUGGUUGAAUGAAUAUACUAUGUAUGUCUUUGUGGCAAAAUAGCUUGUGUUUAUGCUCAUCUGAAUUUCGUGAAAUGCCACAGCAAAGCCUAAUCGCAGUUUCAUAGAUUUACAUGGAGAACAUCAGCUUUGUGGUUCAGAAGGCCCUCAGUGUGUUUUAGUCAUGUAGUGAUGCUCUUCUCACACAUGACCACCAGUUGAAUGUGCUGUCACGUCCUGUCAGUUUAGUAGGCACAGGCUGCCUUACAGUAUAUUUGGACUGACCUGGAGAUGGCUCAGUCAGUAUAGUACUUGCCUUAUGAACACAAGGACCUGAGUUCAGUUCCCCAGACCAUAUUUAAAAUAAAAGCCAGACAUGAUGGAAUGUACUUGUAAUCCCCUUGCCAGGAGGCAAAAAUAAGGCACAUCCCUGAGGCCUAUUGACCAGGCACCAGCCUACUCAUCAGUGAGAGACCCUGUCUCGAAAAACAAGGGCUGAGGUGCUUGUAAAUGACAUCCAAGGCUGUCCUCUGAGCUCAGCAUGCAUGCAGACACAAGUGUUCAUGUGCCCACACAUACAUCCGUACACUCACGCUCAUCCAAGGCUAUCCUCUGAGCUCAACAUGCAUGCAGACACAAGUGUUCAUGUGCCCACACGUUCAUCCGUACAGUCACGCAUGCACCUUCACAUUCACAGUAUGUAUGUAUGUGUGUGUAUAUACAUAGUGAGACUCAUCUAUAUGUAUUGUGCCCCUUGGCAAUAUUAAGUAAUCUUAAGUAAUAAAUGUCUAGUUACUGUUUUCUCAAUCAGUGAGUCAUGGAAGAAGCUUCAGACUACCAUGUGUUCAUUAUCCUAGCCUCAGAAUGAGACUAUAGCUUAUUUACUCCAGGUGGAGAAGCGUUUCCUUCCACUACAGUUUCCCUAAUAAAUAAAUGGAUUGUCCCCAGAGUCUUUCAGGAAGAACUUCUUGAGAUAUAUAUUUUAAUUCUGUAUAAUGUUCUUGUUUCUGUACAAUUUCAUCUGCAAUAUAUCAAAGAUUGAGAUGUAUUAUGAUGUUUUUAACCAUAACUUUCUCUAUGUGUGUAUAUAUGUAUAUGUUCUAGUCUGAAGAUCUCACAGACAAGUUCAGCCAAAAAUCUUUGAAGGCUCAUUUUUAUGCCUCCAUUACUUUGCACAUCCUAUUUUUUCCAUAAUGCAAUAAAGUAAAAUGAU